AUGGCCGAUGACACCGCCAAAAUGGGCGGCUUACUGCAAGGCCUUCCACAAGAGCUCAAGCCGCCUCAUCUGUUCCAAGUGGACCGCGCAAGUCGUUACAAGUUCGCAGCCUCCUUCUUCGACACCGUCUUCAUCUUCGAUAUCGCCAAAGGUGCCACCAACACUCAGCAGCCCAUCUUCAAAUGGCUCACAGCUCAGGACCCAAAGCACUUGGGGCACCUGCAGAACAUCGAGUUGCACCUAGGUCCUCAGUCCAUUGCGUUCGACGCAAGCGGCGGUCAUGAGCUUGCCAGAUCUAGCAUCAGCCGAGUGCUGAGAGAAGAGCUGGACCUCAAAUACUCAGACGAAGCAGCGUACCGCCUGGUGGAUGGGUUGACAGUCACUUGGGAAGCUCGGACUACCGGGGAAAUCCUAACCAUAGCGUAUGCACCGUGA